CAGUUGCCAAAAUAUCAGCCCAUUCCUUUUGUGUGGAAGCUGUUCUCAUGCUUGCGCGUCAGUGAUAUUUUUAAUAUCUGCCACAGUAGGCCGCUGUUUCUGUCGACUCUCUCGUGCACGUCGUUCUUACAGUAACGCGAACACCCAAAUACUGCAUGCUACCGAGUGUGAUGCUCUCUUUCCCUUCAGUUUCUGCAGUGACUAGGGUAGUUUAGGUCGCGCUGAAAUAAAAUUUCACGGGAAUAACAUUUGCCUAAUAAAAAAUAUUGUUAAGAAAAUAUUUUGACGGUAGGCAAUCGUCGAAAGGGCGUGACGUGUUUGGUUUGCCUGUUUUCAGUUUGUGCAGUGACUAGCGCAGUUCCGAUCGUACUAAAAUAAGGUUCCGGGGAAUAACAGUUGUCACGGUAAAUAUUGUUGAGAACAUCAUUUGGCGAUAGACUGUCGUCUGUGUGAUCGCCUGCCUUCGUGAAACAGGCUGCCUGGCUUGAGAAGAACUCUGGGGCGAGUGCCCACUAGUUACCCCACAUGAUGCGACAAUGUCCAACGGUUUAGUAGACAGAGAGCUACGUUCUUCCAGCGCCAUGGCGACAGCUACUGCCCUGCCCAACAACAAGCUGCUCAUCUCCUCGCCGGGGAAAUCACACCACCAUAACAACAACCACCAGCACAACAACAACAACAGCCACUCCGAACAAGUGGAGCCGGCGUCGCCCAGCAGUAGCACGGGCAGCAGUCCCCGAACGAGCCACAAGCGUUCCCGGAAGUCGUCAUCCGCCCCCGCGACGCCGGACGCGUCCCAGCAGAGCAACGGCGUCGCCGGCCCGGGACAGGACACGCCGGCCACGUCGCCGCAGCCCCCGCCCCCGCCGCCCCCACCUCCGGCCAAGCGGCGCCGCCACCACGCCGCGGGCAGCGCCGGCGGUCAGCCCUCCAACCCCAACAUCCGCGACGACAUGUUCCGCAACUACCAGCCGUGGGUUAUCGCCACGUACGGCGACUCGGCCAAGACGAAGACCAUCACGCUUCGCAAGCACGCGCGCAUCUUGAGGACGCUCCGCGGCGAGGAGACUAAUUCGGUGGAAAACUCCAAGUUCCGCUUCUGGGUGAAGGCGAAAGGUUUCCGCAUGGGCCGACCGCCGGGUUACGUCCCCAAACCCGCCGACUCCAUCGUGGGCACCCAAGCGCUGCCCGGGCAGUCGCCCCACGAUGAACCACCGCUCUACGUUCCAGUCGCCACAGCCAAGGACGGCAUGGGUCGCGAGCGGCAGCUGUUCAAGAAGGUGGCCGUGGUGGAGAACUUCUUCGACAUCAUCUUCAGCGUGCACGUCGAGAUGGAGGGACGGGCUGGCAAGCACGCGGGACAGAAACGCACCUAUCGCGCGAUCACGGAGACGUACGCGUUCCUGCCGCGCGAGGCGGUCACGCGCUUCCUGCUGGGCUGCACCGACUGCCAGCGCCGGCCGCGCUCGCCAGCUGUGUCCCGGGGGCGCGUCGACGUCGGGUGCGGACACAGUGGACGCGGCGUGCUGUCGCGGGCACGAGGCAGGAGGCCCGAGGGCGGAGAUCGUCUGGCCGGCGAAGGGCUCCGCUGGACUCGGCUGGGCUGCUGCCGGAAGCGAGAGCGCCGCACAAAGGGCUGCGCGGACCUCGCAGGGCGAGCCCUUCUGACGCAGCGCAGCGCUGUCCGCAAACGCUGGAAAAAGACCAGCGGUGGCUCCUCAUUAGGGCAGCCGUGGCCAGCGCUCAUACGCCCCGUUAAUGACAGCUUGCGCGCAAAAUUGUUUAUGGAAGAGCGCGGCCGACCGUUGCCCGUGGCAACGCUGUCCUUCCGGCCACUCGUGGUGGAAAAGACGCCGCCCCCGGCAGAGAAACGGGGCGGAAAGGGCGCCGGGCGCCGAGACGAUCGAAAGCGGCGGGGGCGGCACCUGAAGCUGGUUCGCCGCAUCACAUUUCCGCCUCUAGAGCUGGCAUCGCGGGCCGAGCCGCCGGCGCGGGCCGCGUGCCCUGCGGGGUCACCGCUGGGCACCGGAGCCAAGUAUUCGCGGGGGUGGCGGCGGCGCUGCCUCUCUCGUUACACCCCGGCGCCAAACACCCCCGGCGCAGCCGAGCGGCAAGCGAGCGGGCCGCCCCCACCCACCCACGCCGCCCCCGCGCGCAGUGGCCUGCUCUCAUCUGCCUCACCCCCGGGCGCGCCGCCACAGCCGGGCCCCUCCGCGGUCGCUCCGUCUCUGUCUCGCGCGCGGCGCCCGCUAGCUCCGUCCUCGCCUCCGCGCGCCCCCACCCCGGUCGAUACGGCUUAG